ACUGGCUGGACAUCCCACUGCCGGAAUCAAGCGAUUGGCUGGAAGACCGCAGGAAGGCAGGUUGCUGGACACAGGAUUCCAGAAGCAGGCUGGGCAUCAAGAGCCUGUACGUCGUCAGGCUGGGCAGCGGGCGGAGGCACGUCAGGGCAGGCAGGGCAGCAGGGGCAGAGGCACGUCAGGCUGGGCAGCAGGCAGAGGCACGUCAGGCUGGGCAGCAGGCAGAGGCACGUCAGGCUGGGCAGCAGGCAGAGGCACGUCAGGCUGGGCAGCAGGCAGAGGCACAUCAGGCUGGGCAGCAGGCAGAGGCACAUCAGGCGGAGCAACGGGCACCGGGCCAUCAGGCGGAGCAGUGGGCACGGGCCAUCAGGCGAGGCAGCGGGCACCGGGCCAUCAGGUGAGGCAGCGGGCACCGAG